UUCAAUAAAGAAGCUUUACCUCAAGGAAAUCAAGAAAGAGAUUGCCGUUCAAUUCUUAAUUCACCGCAGAAACGAUGCUUUGUGGCUGGUGAUGAACGUAGCAACGAACAACCUGGGCUUACUGUCAUCCACACGCUGUUAUUGCGAGAACAUAAUCGAAUUGCCUCACAACUACGCAGAAUAAAUAACUUUUGGACCGACGAACAACUAUUUCAGGAGGCACGAAGAAUCAACAUCGCAAAAAUCCAGCAUGUGAUUUUCAAAGAGUGGCUUCCUGUCGUGUUAGGAUGCGAGGCAAUGGCGAAAUAUGACCUUAUGCCCAAAAAGAGCGGCUAUUUCACUGGGUACGAUUCACACUGUGAUCCAUCGAUCUCCCAGGAAAUGUCUACAGCUGCGUUUAGAUUUGGACACACAUUAAUUCGCUCGAAAUUCCCGCGGAUGAAUGAUAUUUUCAAGAAUAUGACAGAUUCAGUAGGUCUAUAUUACUUUGAGAUAAUGGAUGAACCUUCCAGAAUCUCUGCAGAAUAUACCAUUCAAACUGUAUUUUCAGAAGAUCGAGAUUUCACCAAGUUGGAAAAAAUGAACCACUGUAUGUAUUCACUAAAUUUUAGCAUGGCUUUUGAUCGUCACAUCACCGAUGCUGUGCGAAACCAUCUGUUUGCGAAACCAGCUCACUUCAGAGAGCUUUGUGGGUUGAACCGAGCUCGAACAUUCGAUGAUUUGCGAUCCACAAUGGACGAUGCAGCAGUUGAUGCUCUGAAAAAAAUCUAUGAAAAUGUGAAUGACAUUGACUUGUUCCCUGGACUUAUGAGUGAACGACCUAUCAAAGGAGCACUGGUGGGACCGACGUUGGCAUGCAUAAUAGGCGAACAAAUGCAGCGGUUGAAAAAAUGCGAUCGCUUCUACUACGAAAAUGAUUUGCCUGCAACGAGAUUUACACCAGAUCAAUUAGCGGAAAUUCGCAAGACUACCUUUGCCAAGAUCAUCUGCUCCAACAGCCAAUAUGCCAGAAAAAUACAGCCAAACGUAUUUGUCAUGGCUGACGAGUUAACAAAUGCACCUGCGUCUUGCUCAGAGCUUCCGGAUACGGACUAUUUCGAAUGGCUUGAUAGAGAUUACUGUCUCAUAGAUCAUCGCGUGAUUAAU